CUAAACCCUCACAACAGUGCACAUGCUGUCAGUAAGUCUGAAGAUACGGACAUUCCAGAGAAAUGCCGUCUGUAGGAUUGUCAGGAGUCAACGCAGAUUUCAUACCUAUUAAAAAUGAAAUAUAAACCCAGGGUAGUGCAAAUGUUUUCUUAGAGUCUGUAUAUGUUUGAUAUUUGUUACUCGUUAGAAAAUCAUUAGAUCCUGUUACAGAAUGUUGGGAUAGAAUGGUAUUUGAAGAUUUGCUUCUGUCAUAGUACAGAUCUGGCACUUUAUAAUUAGGCCACCUGUGACCGAAAAUGGUCCGGAAAGUUUUGAGUUAUAUGCAGUCCUUGCUUGUACAGAGCUACCUAGCGAUACGGUAUCAGUCUUCCAUCAGUUUGAACAACUGCCGUAAGAAAGGACACUAAUUCAUCUUACUUCACACCUGCAGGGUUGCCAAGUGACCUAUCCCACUGCUAACACCAGUCUAGCAAACCAAUGCUGUCAGAGUGCGGAGAGAUUCAAAGGUUUUAUGGCUGCCAUGGCUCAUCACAUUGCUUACUUACUAAAAUUUAAGGCAUACCAGCGCCCUCUAUUGUAAAACAUCCACCAUAGCAGGAAAUUACGCUACUGUAGAGCUGGGACAUAAUGACAGGAAAAUGGCGGACAGGAGGAGUUACAAGACACUUGUACACUGACUGUUGUACAUAUAACAAUCGUGUAGCAAUAGAGAUUAAAACAAUUCCUUAAAUUUUUAUUUAGGCUAGCUUCAUUGAAAUUAUGUUUCUAAUACUCGGGAAGGUUACAUAUUUUUACGCCACUACUAUCUGUAAACUUGUAAAAAGUAGGAACUUUUAAUGUGUGUUAGCUGUGUGUUUUAGCCAUAUAACCCACUUUAGACAACUAAAUGGCAUGAAUUGCAUACUAGGGAUUCAGCUGCAAUAACAAAGGGAGAACUCGGUACGCACUGACGCUUCAUGCAUGUCGCGCCGAUUUUUACGUCAUCAAUAAACGCCGGCGUCAGCAGCGGGAAGUAAACAUAUUUAUAAACUCACUGGGAAAUGGUUGUGUCGGCUCUAUGAAGGGUCGAUAUGUAAGACAGACGCUCUUGUUAGUUGAAUCGGCUGGUCGUGUAUCAUCCCAUGUCCUGCAUGUGUUAUAAGAUGUGGGAUAUUAUCCACUGGGCGCCUGUGUCAACAUCUGAUUUCAGGGCUCGAUUUGUGCUAGGCGGCUUAUGAAUUUCUUUUUUUUAAUUUGAGUGGUUGAAGCCGUUUCGGAUUGCUGUCAAAAGCAGUAAAGUAAGCUUCCGGAGUGCCAGUCCACCCGUCGCCAUGGUACUGUCGCUCAUCAACCUGUGCGCCCGGUCCGUGGUCAGUGAUCACGGCUCGUCGCCCUGCUGGCUCGCCUGCGUCCCUAGGGAGCUGUACAGGGCGCUGCUGGAGGCCGCCUUCGUGCACUGCCGACCGCUGGCCAUUGGCGAGCUGGUGCAGCGCUGGCCCGAGAGGUGCCUUCGCGUAGGCGGGCGCAGGAAAGCCGGACACACGCCGCCAAACCGGCUUUGUGUCCAAGCACUGCUGCUGGCGGUGGUCAGGGGGCUGGGGGACAAGCGGUGUGCUCUUCAGGUGCUGGAUCUCUGCGGGCUUCAGUGUGAAGACGGAGGCCUAGUGGACUCCAUGGGUGGCUGGUCUCUCACUGUAGCGCUCUGCUCCAUGGUGCUUCAGGCUCGGGUGGCGGCCAGGGGCCAAGUCAAGAGGGUGCAAGAGAGAAAACCGCUCCAGGAGACAGAAGGGCAGAGGGCGAGAAAAGAGAAUGGUGUGCAGAAAAGUAUUCAAGAUAGGGGGGGUCAGCCACCUGUGGAGCGCCAGGCAGAGGUGAGGGGGGUGAGGAGGAUCAUGGAAAUGACACGGGAUAGGGUAAAGGAGUCCCAGGAGGCGGAGCAGCAGCAGGAGGCGGAGUUUGUGGUGCAGGUGCAAGCUGACCUGUUCAUAAAUGCACGUUCCUGGGAGCGCGUCCACACGGCACUGGCUACUAAAGGCCCCUUGCAGCUACACUGCCAGCACCUCCGUGUGGAGGAGCUCCCCGCCGCCAGCAUCGUAGCACUGCUGUCUCUGCUCCCUCCCCGCAGCUUACAAGGUCUGGAUAUCCACUACAGCAGCCUAGGCGUGUCAGGCCUGGCCCUCCUGCUGCCGACACUGGCCCGCUUCCCUUACCUGAGCUCACUCCGACUGCACUACUGCAACCUGGAUGUGCGCAGGGACACACCCGGCCAAGAGAAGGCACUGAGAGACAUGGCGGCAGGCUUGGGGGCGCUGGUGAAGCUGAGGCAGAUCAGCCUCACGGCUCUCCGAUUGUCAGGACACCUGCGAUUGCUGCUCAGCUCUCUCUCGCAGCCUUUGGAGGUGUUGGAACUCCCCUACCUGAGUCUGAUUCCGGCUGACCUCUCCUACCUGUCCUGUAGCAUCCAUGCCACCUCCUUGCGACGACUGGACCUGAGUGAGAACAGGCUGGAGGAGGCCACUUUGCCCUCGCUGUGCCGCCUGUUGUCUCAAGCCUCUGGUUCGCUGACACACUUGUCCCUGUGUGGCUGUGGUCUAUCCGACAGCCUGUUGGGGGCGCUGUUUCCUCCGCUGCGCUGCUGCCGGACCCUGUACAGCUUAGGGCUUGCCCUUAACCCGCUCUCCCGGACCGGGGUACUGGCUGUGGUACGGGUGGCCGCCUCCAUCUCCUCUCUCCGGCUGCUGCUCCAUCCAAAUGCGCUGGAGGAGUAUAAGCCUGGUCUGCCGCCUUUGCCCUCCAGUGCUCAGCUGCUGGAUUGGCCCCUUGAAGAGGAGUUGGAUUGGCGGGAGGCCUUCCAGGCUGAGCUGGAGAUGGUGCUGGUCGAGAGCGAACGAUCAAACCUGCUUCUCACCUCGGACCUUCUAAACUACAACAGUCUCCUGGAAGAAGAAGCCUAGGCCCCGAUACCACCGUAAGCCGGAGUGAUAAACUAGCAGAGGCUGCUCUUUGUCCACAGUAGCUCUAGAUCUUCCUACAGAACCUAUUUACUGGGACAAUUUUGCCCAGAACUGUUAUGUAGCAUUUGUUUAACAUUGAGAAUAAAUAAAUACCAAUAAGCAUGAAUUA